AUGAAACUCGAUUCGGUGCACAGGCGCAUAGCCAAACACAAGGUAUGUGCGUAUAAAAGCGUUUCGUACGCCGCAGUAGCCGUGGUUGCGGGCAUGCCGCCUAUUAGGUUGAAGGCCAAUGAGAGGGUCGAGAUAUAUGGUGGACUCGAUAGAGAGGAAGCGAGAAGGAAUCUGGUAGGAAACUGGCAGUGGAGUUGGAGCGCGGAUGUCAAAAGAAGAUGGACGCACAGGCUAAUCCCGAAUGUGGAAGCAUGGAUCAGCAGGAAACACGAUGACGUCGGCCACCGACUGUGCCAAGUCUUGACGGGUCAUGGGUCUUUUGACGGAUAUCUGUACAAGUGGAAAAGAAAGAGUACUGGCGAAUGCCAGAUAUGCGGCACUACUCCAGACACUGCAGAGCACGCAGUGUACGAAUGCGACGCUUGGCAUGCCGCUAGGUGCGAGGCCAACGUGUAUCUGGGUGCGACCCUGACAGUCGAAAACACAGUGGCGAUGAUGUUGAGCAACAAGAAGAACUGGAGGAGGAUAAAUGGGCUGGUGGAAAAAAUCAUGGCCACCAGAGAGGAGGUUGAAAGGACUAAAGAAAGGGACCCGUUCCAAGAUCUAGCAGCCCAGUUAUAA